AAUUCCUGUACAUCUCUACAAUUUUAAAAGUCGAACAUUCUCUCAAUUUCUUCACCAUCAAGACCCUCGUUUCAUUCACAUAGUUCUGUAGUGUGUAUAUAUAUAUAUAUCUGCUAGUCGUUAGAUUCACAUAACGAAAUGGCUUCGACGCUCUCGAAGCAUGACAUCAAUGGCGAUUGGGCCUCUUCUGCUCCCAAUCUUAAGAAAAACCUCUCCCUCCUCUCUUCCGAGCAGAUUGAGCUUCCGAAGAUGUUGUUGGAGAUGGGACAGAGUCAUCUGUUCGAGCAUUGGCCUGAGCCUGGUGUUGAUGAUGAUGAGAAGCGAGCUUUCUUCGAUCAGGUUGCUAAACUUAAUGCAAGCUAUCCUGGAGGUUUGGCGUCCUACAUCAGAACUGCUAGAGAACUCUUAGCAGAAUCUAAGGAAGGAAAGAACCCAUUUGACGGCUUUACACCUUCUGUACCAUCAGGGGAAGUUCUGACUUAUGGUGAUGAAAACUUUGUUCAAUUUGAGGAGGCUGGUGUCAGGGAAGGGCGGAAUGCUGCAUUCGUUCUUGUAGCAGGUGGUCUUGGGGAACGUCUUGGAUACAAUGGAAUUAAGGUGGCUCUUCCCUCAGAGUCUACCACGGGAACAUGUUUCUUACAACUUUACAUUGAGUCUAUUUUAGCCUUACAAGAUGCUAGCUGUAGACUAGCGGAAGGAGGAUGCAAAAGACAGAUACCUUUGGUUAUAAUGACCUCAGAUGACACACAUGCACGCACUAUGGAGCUGUUAGAAUCAAAUGCAUAUUUUGGAAUGGUACCUACACAAGUUACACUUCUGAAGCAGGAAAAAGUGGCUUGCUUAGAUGAUAACGAUGCCAGACUUGCUGUGGACUCGCAUAAUAAAUACAGAAUUCAGACGAAACCUCAUGGCCAUGGUGAUGUGCAUUCACUUCUUUAUUCUAGUGGCCUUCUAAACAAAUGGCGUGAUGCUGGUUUGAGAUGGGUUCUGUUUUUUCAAGAUACAAACGGACUUCUAUUCAAGGCAAUUCCAGCAGCAUUAGGUGUCAGUGCUACCAAACAAUAUCAUGUUAAUUCUCUUGCUGUCCCUCGCAAAGCUAAAGAGCCUAUUGGAGGGAUCGCUAGACUUACUCAUUCUGAUGGUACUUUUAUUUGUAGGACAAUGGUGAUUAAUGUGGAAUACAAUCAGCUCGAUCCUUUGCUUAGGGCUACUGGAUAUGCUGACGGUGACGUCAAUUCUGAAACAGGCUUUUCUCAUUUUCCUGGAAAUAUAAACCAAUUGAUUAUUGAACUUGGCCACUACAUUGAGGAGCUUACUAAAACUGGAGGUGCUAUAAAGGAGUUCGUUAACCCUAAGUACAAAGAUUCUACCAAAACUGCAUUUAAGUCCUCUACUAGACUAGAGUGUAUGAUGCAAGAUUAUCCUAAAACAUUGCCUUCAUCAGCAAGAGUUGGGUUUACUGUGAUGGAUACAUGGCUUGCUUAUGCACCUGUAAAGAACAACCCCGAGGAUGCUGCCAAGGUACCAAAGGGGAAUCCAUAUCACAGUGCCACUUCUGGAGAGAUGGCCAUCUAUAGGGCAAACAGCCUCAUUCUUAGAAAGGCUGGAGUUAAGGUAGAUGAUCCAGUAAAUCAGGUGUUCAAUGGACAAGAGGUGGAAGUGUGGUCCCGUAUCGUAUGGAAGCCAAAAUGGGCCCUUACAUUUUCAGAGGUUAGAAGCAAAGUGAAGGGAAGUUGCUGCAUUUCACAGAAAUCUACCAUGGUCAUUAAGGGCCGUAACAUCUUUCUCGAGGACCUCUCAUUGGAUGGAGCUCUCGUCAUUGACUCUGUUGACGAUGCAGAGGUAAUCGUGGGAGAUUCAGUUCAAAACAAGGGCUGGAUCCUCGAAAGCGUCGAUUACAAGGAUGCUUCAGUGCCUGAGGAAGUGAGGAUAAGAGGUUUCAGAAUAAACAAAAUAGAGCAGUUGGAAAAAAGUUUCAAUGAGUCUGGAAAGUUCUGCUUGAAGCCUUGAAGGUGAACUUAUUGAAGAGAUGGCACAUAUUUUUAUUUUUUUUUCCUGAAUUAUUUAAUGCUAAUAAUUUGAUCUUCUGUCAUAGCAGUCUCAUUUUGUCCUUUUACUCUCCUAGCAGCGCGAAAUAGUAGUAUUAUUUUUCUCUUUUUAGAACUAAUGUGAAAUAGGCCAUGUUAAAUUAGCGCACACUAAUUUUUGGAGAUGUUAAAGGAUAUUGUCAGCAAGGAUUAGUAUUUUUUUUUUUUUUUCCGUUUUAUUAUCCCUUUCGAACAGGAUUUACUUAGCUAAUCCCAAUGUUGAAGACAUCGGCCAAUUACUAUUCAGUGUGGGGAGGCUGGUGCCAACCCUUGGUUUCAAA